AUGCCUGCAGAUGAUGACGAGGGGCCUGACACGUCAAUCGCAGAGCCUGAUGAUGACGAAUUGAGCGACUGGGACAGCCUCGAAGUCGACGAUGUCGAAUACACAGAUGAGGAUCUAAAAGACUUUGGACGACCGGGACGACGGCGCCAUGCCGGAGAUCAUGAUUCGACGCUCUUCGGCAACAUGCAGGAGGUGGCCGAGACAAAGUUAGUGAAGAAGAUCGCCAACAACCAGGACAUGCUGUGA